AUGACAUCUUUCGCCGUUCCAGUGCACCUUCAAUUAACCACACUAAAGGUUUCACAUAAAAACACCCUGCAAAAUAAUCUAUCUAUCUAUCUAUCUAUCUAUCUAUCUAUCUAUCUAUCUAUCUAUCUAUCUAUCUAUCUAUGUCUGCUGUCUCUUAUCUAUCUAUCUAUUUACGUCUGCCUGUUUCUCAUCUAUCUAUCUAUCUAUCUAUCUAUCUAUCUAUCUAUCUAUCUGUUUGUCUGUCUAUCUUCUUGUCUGUUUAACUAUCUAUGUCCACAUCUGUUGAGCCAACUACAUUUUCUUCUUCAUAUUUGCUUUCAUAAUUCUUUCCGUUUUUACGUAUUUACUUCUUUUUCAAAAUUUCUUUUCUUUCUUCUCGUUUUUUUCCCCAUAAUUUUUCAUUAUGUUCCUGUUUUCUUUUCGUUUCUUCAUUUUUUAAAAAAUCAUUUUCAUCUGUUAGUUCUUUCUUUCUUUCUUUCUUUCUUUCUUUCUUUCUUUCUUUCUUUACUCCAGCUUUAUGCAACUAGACUUUCCGUAGCUUCUGCGCUUGUGACUGUCACAAACAUUUUUAACACUACUCCCAUAGUGACUGGACAUGUUGAUAAAAAAAAACCUGUGAUCACGGAACCUUAUCUAUACGUGUACUUGUAUAUCAUGGAACAAUGA